AUGCGUUCAGGAAUGCAUCGUAAAUGUGGACGUCUUGCAGUUUUCUUAAGCGUUGCAUUCGUUUUCGCAAUAACGAUGUUGAGGAGCAGCUUUCACUAUUACAGUUAUAUGUUGACGCAAGGUGGAAAUCAUUUGUUGGAUACGUCCUUCGACGGCACAGCAGUUGUUGAAAUUGCAUCGUUUAAUACGUCCAUGGCAAAAUUGAUGGUUGUUGAUAUCGCAUCGAAAGACCCUUUGAAUAGUUCACAUAUACACAUCAAUCGAAGAAUGCUAAAUGGAGAUCGCGCUGAAAUAUUCAUCACGGAGCUCGCCUUGCUUGUCCCAUCAGAUAUAGCACAAAUAAAUCCCUACAACACAUCCUCGUUAAGCGUUGACUAUGCAAAGUUGCACCCGCCAGUUCGAGGUGUAGUGGCGCCUCCGUUUGCUGUUGGUUCGCUUAGUACAGAUCCGCAAGCUAAAUCGAACGUUCUCAUAAUUGGUCUUGGUGGAUCACAAAUCAAUAAUUUCCUUCAUCAUAAAUUCCCCAAUGUUGGAAUUUUCACUCGUCAUUUAUUGCUUCGAAAUCAAUUAGAAUUAUGCAGCAAUAAAUCUACGUUCCACUAA